AUGGAGGACUUAAAAGACCCGUCUUCACUGAAGCCAUACCUGCCCGGAUCAUCGGGUUCAAGCGUCGGAUUCGAGAGGGAUUCAAGAUUCAAGGACUCAUCGAAAAAUUUGAAUUUUUUAUACCCUUCGUUUUUCUUUUUUUAA